UGAUGGAUGAGCGUCACAACAAACAAGCGUGGCGUCGCUGCAGAUUUCCUCAAAUUUGCUAGUAACUAUCAUAUAUCAAAAUGCCCACUUGGAAUCAGAUUCAGCAGCAACUGAGACAUGCUAAUAAUCCUGUCGUGUUCUUUGAUAUAACUGUAGGACAGACGGAAAUUGGACGCAUGAUUAUGGAACUGUAUGCAGAUGUUUGUCCCAAGACGAGUGAAAAUUUCCGUCAAUUUUGCACUGGUGAAUACCGUAAAGAUGGAGUUCCAAUUGGCUACAAGGGGGCUUGCUUUCAUCGUGUCAUCAAAGACUUCAUGAUUCAAGGAGGUGACUUUAUGAGGGGUGAUGGAACAGGCACGCAGAGUAUAUAUGGCCCAAGCUUCCCUGAUGAAAAUUUCAUUCUCAAGCACGAUGGACCUGGAUUAUUGUCAUUGGCCAACAGUGGAAAGGACACAAAUGGUUGCCAGUUCUUCAUCACCUGCUCCAAAUGUGACUUUUUGGAUGGAAAGCAUGUGGUUUUUGGCAGAGUAAUUGAUGGCCUUUUAGUUAUGCGAAAAAUUGAAAAUGUUCCUACAGGACCAAAUAAUAAACCAAAAAUUCCUGUCAUUAUUUCUCAGUGUGGACAAAUGUGAUCUCUAUUUUAGUAUAACAAAAAUAAUUUAUUUAAAUUAAUGCAUUUAAACAGAAUUAGAUUUGGUUUAUUGGCAGUAGGGCAAUAUGUACAAUAUUCAUAUUACAAAGACAGAAUGAUACUAUACUUGAGGGCACACUUUAUACAGUAUGUAUAAUAUAAGCAAUACAAGGUAUGUUAAGUAAUAAUUUAUGAUGGAUGGAUUAUACUGUAUCAUAAUAUAAUUUGAAUGUUGCAAAAAUAUUUCCAUUCUUUUGAGUUCCUUAAUGCAUUUCCUUUCCUCAUACACGUACCAUCAGAUUAAUUAUAUUUUUGGUCAAUAAAUCAAGUAAAUCUU